GUGACACAGUUUUCGUGUUGACUUUCUACGUGAAAUGGUUCACCGUGUGUGAGGUGAUUUAACUCGAUUUGGAGUGCUGCUGCCAUGCAAGCAGUCAUGUCGAUCGAACAGGUAACCAACAUGGUGCCUUCCUCGAUAACUUGGAGAAACCCCAUCGCGGUAAACCAAGCGGGAGACGUCGAUCAUGUUGGCCCGGGAACGAGCAGGGUUUCCCCCACGGAAUCCCCGGCCGGCGGCGAUGAUGGACACCUCUCGGACGGUGACACACCAGCCUCACAGUCACAGCAGAAGCUAACACGAACACGUUUCUCGUCUACUGGCUCACCGAGCCAAGGGCUAACGUCCAGCAGCUCCAGCCCUAAUUUAGUUCCAAGAGAUCAAGACCAAAGUUCUACUCUCAUGGAAGCCACUCAGAUUAUUGGGAAACAGGCUCGAUUACAAGAGAAACCAUCACACAGCAGUGUUGGAGUUGCAGAUCAAUCAGUGAUGCAUUUGGUGUCUGAUUCCCCUACCACUAGCAGCCCUCAUGCAUCUCGUCAGACUCUACGCUCAAGAGCAAGACCACGAAGACCAGAAGAGCCACCCCCAUUUCUCAGCAUUGACAACUUGCCUGUUGACAAAGUACUUGGUGAUUCCAAGCAGCAUUCUAAAAGCAGACCCUCAUCAGACUCCCGUAAACAUACAACAAGUAGCAAGAAACGCCCAGAUCCCCUCCUCAACGGUACUGGACGGAAGACACGUUCCCCUCCCCAGUCAGCCUACACCCCACAAAUGCACAGGUCACCUUCAAGGAGCCAAUCAAGGGGAACACCAAGUGCCACACAGUACAACUAUAAUUCCUUUUUCACACAUAAGAGUUCCGCAUUCUUGGCAGGCCCUCCAAACCUCUGGUCCAUGGGGAACAAGUAUUGGCCUCAACACGGGACCCCUAAUGAUCGACAGAGACUGGCUCCACUUCCUCAGAGUGUGGCUAAUGAAACAUUGGCUCCGAAGCCCAAUGCUCACGUCUCCCAACCAUUUAAGCAUGAUGUAGACACUGAGGUGCCAAUUGAUCGGCCAGUCUCACCCAGCCAAGACCUGAAGGAACGUACCAUUUAUGCUUUGAGGGAAGUUACGAGGGUGUUGAAUAAGCAGCAGUCCCCUCCGGUGAGCAGAAGAGGGGGUCGCCUACUUAAAGGAAGGUUGAAACCGUUACAUACAUUCAAGAUGAGUGGACCUGCAGUAGACCACUGUAAAGGCAUUCAACCAGAGGAGACUGAUUAUGAGCCGAGUGAUAGUCGAAUGCUGCAACGUAAGCGAGAACUAUUGAGUAUGCUUCCGCCUGACAUAUUCCAACCACGUCCAUUAACUGCAGAAUCUGUCCAUCGUACAUCGAUUGCUUCACAGUUAUCAACAGAGAGAGAAAAUUAUCUGGAAGAGCAAACCAUGAAAACCGAGGAAGAACUAACACAACAAGAUCAAAUAUCAGGAGGCAGUCAGGUCUUCUCUAAUGCCUGCAUGCCACCAAACAGUCUCGCCAGCCUCUCAGAAGACAAUGUGUAUUUCCUUCAAGAUGCCUUGACCAGUCACAUAGACAUCCCGGAGACGUUCGGUGUUAAGGAUAAAGAAGACGAUCCCCAGGAGGAGAGAAGCGAUGCUCAGGAGGAUCAGAGUAGAAUCCAUCCCAUCUCCCAUACCUACGCAACCAGUUAUGAAAGCAACAGCAAGGUGGAUCUUAAUUCUCAGCAAACGGAGGAUGUGUCUGCCUCAGGAGAUGCUCCUCCUGUCAUUGUCAAAGACGAAGACGAAGGAUCUGUUUUUAACGAAGUUAAAGCAACCAUGAGUGAUUACAUGAAUGAAGGAGGUGCAGCUAUGGUGCUCAGCGACAUGGUGCAACGAGUAGCCAGCAGUGCUAAGAAGAGCAUCGUUGAUGACGAUGGGGAUUUGGAUCAGAAGUAUGAUGCUUACUUUGCUGAUUCAGAAACGAGAUCCGAGACUCGCACAAGUAGGACAGGAAGCAGUUCCCUUGGGAGGCGCCGCAGUUCAAUGACUGAUAGUGAAAUAGAUCAGGCGAGCUGUGAGUUAACGGACAUGGUGUCUGAUGAUGGUUUAGGGGAAGAUGGGAGUGUGAAACAUCAUGUGAAGGAGUCAGAUUUAGAACGAGGGUCGUUGAGUACUCUGAGAGAGGAGAGUCUUUCAAUGAUUAAAAAUGAACAAACUGCCAUAAGUGAAACGGAGUGCCAAAGUAGAGAUGAUGUUCAAACACCAACUAAUGAAAGUUUUCAGAAGGACAAUUUGAAUGUGGCUGAGCGUUUAACUGUUGAAAACCUUAAGGGAGAAAGCCACCCUAUUGGAGAGGAGAGUGCCUUAGUCGACAAGAAAUCGCUUGAAAACAAUGGUAUAAGUGAAAACAUUGAGCGUUCAACUAGUGAUUCAGUUAAUGGGGAAUUGAAUCUGGAAACAAGUAGUGUUGAAGCAAAAAUAGAACCUACAGUGAAUGGUGUUUGUGUUGAAGCAAAAGUAGAACCUAAAGUGGAUGGUAUUUGUACGGAUAAAGAAACAAAUGAUAAAACUGGUAGCACGGAUGUGAAAAACACUUGUGAAGAUCCUGACAAUAUCCAAACGGAUAUGGUAACUGAUGAUGCACCAUUGAAUGCUAAUGCAACAAAUACAGAGUCCUCUUUACCAGUUGAAUCAAACAGUGUUUUAUCAGAGAAAACAGUCGAAGCACUGCCAGAGUCCAAGGCAGAUACAGUUGUACCAUUUGAAGAAUCAAAAGAUGUCGUUCCUGUUGUCACUAUAGAUGUCAUCCCUACUGUUCAAAUUGAAGUGACUGAGGCUGAAGACCAAGUAACUUUAGAGACCACACCAGAUGCAAUUAUUGAACAAGACACAAGACAAGACAAUAUUCUUAAAGAAAGUCUAGCGAAUACGGAUGAAACUGAUAUUGACAAUAUUAUGGAUGAUUCAUCAGCUGGCAACGAGGAGAGCCCUAAAGAACAAAAUUCAUCACUGGAUGAUGAAAAUGAGAAAGUUACAAAUGAAGAGAGCAAUGAGGAUGCACAAGAGAAAACAAAUAAUAGUUGCCAUGACAACCAUGUUAGAAAAGAUGACGACAAAGACCAAGAUGGCAGUCAGGGUGGUUCCCAUGGAAACGGCAGUGGCACGUCCAAUGGGAACAAUGAAAGUUCAAACGCAAGCAAUGAGGGUGGGAGCGGGAACACACAAAGUGACCCACCAUCUGGAACUGAUGAUGGUUCAGGAACACAACAUAGAACAAAUGAACUCAAUAACUGUUGUGCUGAAAGCAUUAGUUUAACAAAUUCUCCUAAUUUGGGCAAUGCAAGCCCCAAGGACAUGCUCAACAGAAGAGAAGAAUCGUAUGAAGAUAUUGAAGAUGAUGUGCCAGAGAUCGAUGAGGCAGUUCUGUUCUGUGGAUUGUGUGGUCUCGAUGAAGACAUGUGUUUAUGUCCUCAUAGCACAUUCAAUGAGAAACUCAAUUCUAAAGGACAUAGACUCACAACCAAAUCAGCAUCAGCAUCAGUGGAUAUUAAGCAUGAUAGGGUUCCACACAGAAGCUUCAGUGCUGCAGGGUUAUUACAAAGCAGGGGACAGAAUCAAGCUCCAAUUGAAUCUUGGAUUCAACAAGAGGAUGAAGAGGUUUCCAUACAGAACCAUCUUAUCGCAGAGUACCAAGUUAUGUUAGAGAACCCAAGACAAGGUGGGUUCAGUAAGGAACUGAUAUCACCUAGAGAUGGGUACAUGGUUCUACAGGGUACUGGGGUACGAUGUGAAACGAGGCAAUCAAGAGCGAGGAUGAGACUAGUGAGUUCAAGCAAGUCAUCUCAACCUGAAGAUAUUGUUCACCAACCAGAGGAGAGAGUAAAGUCAUGUGAUACUCAGCCGGACCAAUUGGAAGGAAGUGUGAUGUCAGAUGACCCAUUGGCCAACCACAAUGGCAGUUUUGUGAAUGGAAACACCAGAUGUGAUGACAAAGUGAAUGCAUUUCCUGAAAGUCCUGAAGCACAGUCAUUGUCAGUGGUUGCAAAGCCCUUGUCCAAGCCGAGGAAUCCCAAGGAGUCUGGUCAGCCAGCCUCUCUUCUCCCUGCUCCUCUGUGUUUCAGAAUCAAUGCCAGACCUCCCCCAGGAUAUCUGUACUAUUUCGCUUAUGGAGCCGACAUGAACCAAAACAGAAUGACAUCAUACCUAGGCAGAGAGGCAGACCACAGACUGUGGGGAGUUCUCUUUGGGUUCCAACUGAAAUUUAACAAACGAGGUGCUGAUCUAGAGGCAGGUGGAUUUGCCAACAUAGCCUUCAGUCCUGAAAGCUCAGUUGAAGGUUGUGUUUACCUCAUCAGUCCAUCUGAGCUCAGAAUGCUGGAUCAACAUGUAGGAUGUCCAGAGUUCUACACCAAGGCUGUAUUACCUGUAUGGAUGUCGAAUUGUGCUACACCUGAUGAGCUAGGUGUUGCCCAGUACUGCAUCCCAGCUCUGAUGUAUGUAGCACAAGACAAAUGGACACUCCAACAAGAGGAUAAACACAGCUUCUCAAGUGACUACAGCAUUGGGCAGUGCCUUAAAGGUGCAGACUUACUAACGCCGUCCUACUUACAACAUAUCUCCACACUGCGAGUGAACUGAUUCAUGUU